AUGUCCUUCUCUUGCAUAGCUGCGGACGGCGAUGGCCAGCUUGUCCUCGUCCUCGUGCAUGCCACAGGCUACUCGUCUGGCUAUCUGUUCUCCCAGCCACCCCACCAACACAUCCUACCCCAACGAAGUCACUGCCUCCUCGCACCAAUUCGAGCAGCCACCGCCUGCCCUUUCCCUCUCUUCUCCCACCUCCCCUCCCCAAUGCUACUAGCUGCGAGACUGCAUGAGGUGCUGCAGAACGAGUGCAAGCGACUCGCUGAGUCGCUCCGGGAGAGCGAGCGUAAACACCAAAAUCGUCUCCCGGUGCCUCACCACUACGACAUCAGCAGCCGCCGGAGUCCUCAGACCUCUCCUCCGCAAGAGGACAUGGUCAUCGUGCACGAGAGGGCCCACGAGCAAGUGGAGCUGCCCAACUCACUCAAGAUCGAUAUGUGCGGGAAGGAGAACAUCUUCCACAUCUCCCCUGUUGCGCAGACACAGCCAAUUGCGCCGCUCACAUCGGAGAUCUCCCGUGCGCUCAGCGACAACAUCCCCAACAGUGAGGACGAGGGUGUGCGCAACUGCAGCGCGAAGGCAAUCCCCAUUAAGAAUGGCUUGCACCGCACUGUCUUGUUGCGCCUCAGGUACGAGGACCCGAUGUGUGUUCUCGAGCCCUCCCUCCGCCUCCUUCAUCGCGCCCUCCCAGAUGCCAUGCUUCUUCGCCUUGCCCAGCUUCUCCUUGCGCACGUCCAUGUGCGCCGCAUUGAUGCCCGGUUUGCCCUCCGUGCGUGCCUGCGCCUCCUUAAGUGCGAGCACCAUGAGCUCGAUGAGGGCUACAAGGACGACCUAUCAUCAGCGUCCACUGAUGCUGAGGGUUCGCUCGAUGAUGCCCCCCACACCUCCCCUGAGCCGGAACGGGCGGGCGAGGCGGAAGCUGGAGGAGAAGUGGAUGUGGAUGGCGAGGCUGGACAAGAGCAUGAGCAGGGCGAGCGCCCGUAUGCAUUCCGGAAGCGCAACCACGUCAACUACGCUAUUCCUCCACCUCUGGAGGGAAUGUGAGC